AUGUCCUCUCCCCGCCCCCCGAAACGUCCUCGUUCCCCGUCUCCUACCACAUCUCAACCACCCCUCAAACGUCCACUCAGAGACAUCAAGAACGAAACUCCUGUAUCCCACCCUCGCAAGCGCCCCGGAGCUUCCUCUCGUGUUCCUCAGUCCCAAGCAAACCAGAUCCAGGCCCGCCAAGCAGCGCGAGAAGCCGAAGCCAAUUCCUUCGCCAAAACCGCCCGAGGCAAUGAAGAGGUCGUUCGUCAGCAUUACAAUGCUGUUCCACAGAGAGGCAGAGAAUGGAGAAAGACAGAGAGCACGAUCAAAGGAUUGCGGAGCUUCAACAAUUGGGUAAAGAGCACGAUCAUACACAAAUUCGCGCCUCGUGAAGAAGACGAUGAUGGCCGUGAUCAUGGGAGAGAAGCUCCCUUGAAUGUUCUUGAUGUGGGGUGUGGAAAAGGUGGGGACCUGGGGAAAUGGGCUCAGUCGCCUCAGCCGGUUGGAUGUUAUGUUGGCGUCGAUCCAGCGGAGGUUUCAAUCGAGCAGGCAAGAGAACGUUCGCUGAAGAAGGGAGGAAGAUUUGUUGGGGUCAUACCGAACAGUGAUGAGUUGAAGAAGGGGGUCGUGGAUUGGUACAAGAAGCAGAGCGAUAAAAAACAGUCUGGCGAAACACAGGAGAGAAACGAGAAGAAAGAGCCUGCAGUGAACGGCCAUCACACUACCAAAGAACCACCAGACGAUCCUACAGUGGCCUCACAAGCACUCAACAACAUCACAGAGCCCGCCCCCGACAUGCCCCCACCGGACUCCUUAGCCCCAAACGGCACCGAUCCUUCGAGCUCUCAACCUCUCCCUUCCACCGAAGAUCCCCCUCCCCAACCCACUUCCACAAAAGAGGUACCACCCGAGCAACCAUCAACAGACGACUCCAACCUCACUCCCUCUCCAACGCCCGAAUGGUCCAACCCCCUCUACCGCGUCCACUUCUCCAAUUUUCCGCCUUCCGACGGGCUCUUCCGGGGCACCUACGGGUGGAAAUACAGCUUCUUCCUCGCAGAGGCGGUUGACACGGUGCCAGAAUACGUCGUGCCCUGGGAAGCCUUCCGCCACAUCGCCGAAGACUACAACCUCGAACUACAAUGGAGGAGGGGCUUCCAUCAGAUCUGGGAGGAUGAGAGCCACAGUCGGGUCUUUGGGCCGCUGAGCGAACGGAUGGGGGUGAGGGGCAAAGAUGGGGGGAGUUGUUGCUGA